CAUCUGAGUCUAGUGCCUAUCUUGAUAUGAUCUACUUGGCAUUGCCUUCAAAUUCUUAUAAUUGGUUCUUCCGUUGAGUUGGUCAAAAAUUAGAAUCAGCUUAACAAAAUAAUUAAACUCAAAAAUAGGGAAUCAAUUCCACAAAAACAGAAACGACAACAAACAAAACAAAAAACGACCAAACUACGAGAACUGACUGCACUUUCAAUUGAAUUGGAAAGAAAUGACAGGGCUGAUAUCUUAAUAUACCCCAAUUUGUAAGCAAAACUGUUAGUAUCUUAAAAAUAUUUCCUUUAUAAAUUUAUUAAUUUUCUGUUGCACAGAGAUUGUAGCCCGUCACAAUUCUCCCUUCCUUCGAGAAACCGCGAGGCUACCCUAAAACGAAAAUUAGGGUUUCAAUUUUCAGUUUUGCAUCUUUAUUUGUUUCUGAUUUUUGAAGAGAGUUAAUGAGAGGAUCAAAUUCGGAUCUAUUCGACCCUAGAACGGAAAUGGAGUCGGUCUAUUCCCGUGGAGCAUCUUCUUCAGAUGGAGACUUCGGGUUCGCUUUUAAUGAUAGUAAUUUCUCCGACCGCCUUCUCCGGAUCGAAAUCAUGGAUGAGUCCCCUGACAAUAGAUGUGAUGGUGAGGGAUGUAAUAGUAUUGCUGAUUGGGCUAGGCACCGUAAGAGGAGGAGAGAAGAUAUCAAGAAAGAUAAUGCUGUCGAAGUCUCUGCCGGUGCCGAGGAGCAAAUUUUAAAUCAACCUGAUAUGGAAGAUUGUGUGGGUUGUGAAAAUCAAGAUGAGGAUGCAGUGGCAAUGAUUGAAGAGCCACCUUCUGGUGAUGAAGCUGUAGAUGGUAAUGAGUCAACCUGGAGCAUGGAUUGUUCUACAGUUGUGAGAGUUAAAACAUUACACAUCAGUUCUCCUAUUUUAGCUGCUAAAAGUCCAUUUUUCUACAAGCUCUUCUCAAAUGGAAUGAGGGAGUCAGAGCAACGGCAUGUGACCCUACGGAUUAAUGCCUCUGAGGAAGCGGCCCUGAUGGAGCUUCUGAAUUUUAUGUACAGCAAUAGCUUAUCCACAAAUACAGCUCCUGGCUUGCUUGAUGUGCUGAUGGCUGCUGACAAAUUUGAGGUUGCUUCAUGCAUGAGGUAUUGCAGCAGACAACUGCGUAACAUGUCUAUGACACCAGAGUCUGCUUUGUUGUAUCUAGAGCUUCCCUCUAGUGUCUUAAUGGCAGAAGCAGUCCAACCGUUGACUGAUGCUGCAAAGCAAUACCUUGCAUCUCGUUAUAGGGAUAUGACCAAGUAUCAAGAAGAGGUGAUGUCCUUGCCUCUGGCUGGAAUUGAGGCAAUCUUGUCUAGUGAUGACCUGCAGGUUGCCUCAGAAGACGCUGUUUAUGACUUUGUUUUGAAGUGGGCCAGGACGCAGUACCCAAAACUGGAGGAGCGCCGUGAAGUCUUGGGUGCACGCCUAGCACGUUUCAUUCGCUUCCCUUACAUGACUUGCCGGAAGCUUAAGAAGGUUCUAACAUGCAGCGACUUUGAUCAUGAUGUUGCAUCCAAGCUUGUGCUUGAGGCUCUCUUUUUUAAGGCUGAGGCCCCACACCGUCAACGGUCCCUGGCUGCAGAAGAGUCUGCAUCCUUAAAUCGUCGUUUUGUGGAGCGUGCAUACAAGUAUCGUCCUGUUAAGGUGGUAGAAUUUGAACUUCCUAGGCAGCAGUGUGUGGUGUAUCUGGAUUUAAAGCGGGAAGAAUGUGCAAAUCUGUUCCCAUCGGGACGUGUCUAUUCUCAGGCAUUUCACCUGGGCGGACAAGGAUUUUUCUUGUCAGCGCAUUGCAACAUGGACCAGCAAAGUUCAUUCCAUUGUUUUGGAUUGUUUUUAGGGAUGCAAGAGAAAGGAAAUGUGAGCUUUGCUGUGGAUUAUGAAUUUGCUGCCAGGGCAAAGCCAACGGAGGAAUUUGUUAGCAAGUACAAAGGGAACUACACAUUCACUGGGGGCAAGGCAGUUGGCUACAGAAACUUAUUUGCUAUACCGUGGACAUCUUUCAUGGCUGACGAUAGUCUUUACUUCAUAAAUGGCGUCCUACAUCUUAGAGCUGAGCUCACUAUCAGGCACUGAGUCGAAGCUUUCUGCUCUUUAAGUUCUAACCCUUUUUGCUUUCAGUUUCAACUUUUAACUUAUGAAAUGUAAUAAGUAGACACUGGGCACCGAGCUAGUUCUGGUUUGAAGGAUAUGAACAAGUUAGAAGUUAUCCGUUUGUUCCUGGGCAAUAUGUAGGGAAAUGUAAAUGCGCGGUUGGAUCCUGGGGAGGGGUUUUCUUGGUUUGACCAGUUAAUGCAACUUUUUUAAGGGCCA